AUGCCCCGCUACUUGGGAGCUACCGACAUUGGCGAAGUGCCGUCGGAAAUGCUGAAGCUCACCAUGUCCGCAGCAGGUUCCGGAUCCCUUCGAACAGGUUCGAGCGGCACGACCUUAAAGGGCACGAACCCAUCGACCGAGAAUGCCGCCGCCGCCGCCGCCCAAGACAUUGCUGACAAUAGCAACAGCACUUCCAGUUGUACCGACUCGGUGGACGACGAGGCCCUCGAGUUGUGGCUCAGCAUCAGCAUCCCCUUCGUGCUCCUCUUGACCGUGUUCGUGCUCCUGGUUUUCUGCUGCAAGCGACCACCGAAGACCGACCGGGACGUCAAUGCACCUGCGGGGUCGCCCUCUUUACCCAUGUACCAAAUCGGGCGACGACGGGGGACCCCUACGUCCAGGAUGGCGACGUUGACCAUGGAAGACGAAGAAGCGCUGGCGCCGUGGCGCAUUAAUGCCGAGAGUAUUACCCCGAUCCGGCCAUUAGGAGCUGGAGCUUAUGGCACGGUAUGGCUCGCAACGUACUUGGGGGAGACGGUCGUGGUCAAGAAACUCUCACCUCCUUUGCCCACGUCCCUCCCCCGGACGAAAUCGUGGCGGAAACAGAGUCGCCACAGUCGCCAGAGCAGCAAUAACGCGUCGGGUGCAACCUCCGGGACGAAUUCAAGAACCCGGACCAAGUCACGGAGUUUACGGGGUCAAAGUGCUCUGCGUCGCUUCGUUGCGGAGAUUCGGUUCCUGGCUUGCCUCAGUCAUCCCAAAGUCGUGGCGUUCUACGGGGCAGCCUGGGCCUCCCCUUUGAAAGCGGAGAAUGGGACCUUAGAAGCUGGCAAUACGGGAAAUGCUGGCACGGGUAAUGCCUCGGACCUUCAGAUGGUGCUCGAGUAUAUGAGCGGAGGGGACUUGCGGCAGUACUUGGUGGGGACUCGACAUGACGCUCGAGCUCGGGCGUGGCGAGCUCCGAAAUUGGCCAUGGCUCUGGAUAUUGCGGAAGCCCUGACGUACUUGCACUCGCGGCAGCCGAAACCGAUUUUGCAUCGGGACCUCAAGUCGAGGAACAUCUUGCUGGACUCGGCCUACACGGCCAAAGUGGCGGACUUUGGCGUGAGUCGGUAUGGGCUGCAUCACUUGCUUGAGGGGGAGAGAGGAGGAGGAGGAGAACGAGAAGAAGAAGGGCAGGAUGACGAGGACGACUCGACGGAACAACUUGCAAUGACAAGGUCGAUAGGAACGAAUCGGUGGAUUGCACCGGAAGUGCUGUCCGGCGAUGCGCGGUACUCGACAGCAGUGGAUAUCUACUCGUUUGGAGUCAUUCUGUCGGAACUCGACAGCCAUGAACUACCGUUCUCGGAAGUGACGCUGUCGAAUGGUCAGUCCUUGCCGGAAAGUGCUGUGCUGGAGCUAUUGAGGACAGGAGCGAUUCGCCCGUCGCUGUCGGACCGAUGUCCUCGAGAAGUUGCGACGCUCGUGAUGGAGUGUUUAACGCUCGAGCCAAGUCGACGCCCGACAGCAGCCCAAGUGGCGGAGCGACUUCGGAGUUUAUUGGAGCGCGAGCGUCGCGUGAGUGACAUUGGGGACGAUGUGAGUACAAGUGACCAGAACUCCUUCCUAGGCGCUCGAGAAGACCUGGGAAGUAUGUUCAGUAGCAGCGUGGGGAGCUCGAGUUUGUCCAUGGAGCGUGGAUUCAACUACGCAGUAUUGGGGGAGCGCUAG